CUUUGUUUCAAGAAAUUAGCAGACAUGAGAUCUCUCUCUCUCGCCACCUUCUUCAUUUUCUCUCUCUUCUUGUUUUCAGACCUUAGCAGUGCAAGAAAAGACCCAGAAGACUAUUGGAAGAGCAUAAUGAAAGGUGAGCCCAUGCCCAAAGCAAUCAAAGACCUUUUCCAUGAAGAUCUUGCAUCUCAAUCCACAUCUUCUCAGGCUUCAAAAAUGGAUCAUUUCAUCAAGGAUUUCGAUCUCAAGCCUAGUGUUAUAAUCUAUCACAGCCAUAUCAGGACUCCGAGGCGGGUUGCGAAACCGAAAUCCGCCCCUAAAGCCAAAAAUCUUUUGUUAGGCUAAGUGUAAUCCAGGCACAUAGAAAGUGCAUAUGAGCAGUAACUUAUUGGG